AUGCUCGCCCAGGCUGUGCCCAAGCCAGGCGUCUUGCGGGGAUGUCCCCUUUUCCCAGCUGCGGGAUGCCGCUGGGUUGGGGGGGCUGCCACACCCAUCCCGCCAACUCCUCGACCCUUCAACCAGCUGCCCGGUGACUGGCGAACCGGUUGGCUCAACCUCUACCGUUUCUGGCAGGAGGGCGGCUUGCACAACGUCCAUCACAUCAUGGCUCGCAAGUUCCGGCAGUUUGGGCCCAUUUACAGGGAGAAGCUGGGUGUCUAUGAGAGUGUGAACAUCAUCAGCCCCCGGGAUGCUGCCACCCUCUUCCAGGCGGAGGGGACGCUGCCGGACACUGGUGACAUCCCUCCCAAUCUGGUGUCCUGCAGGACGGGGGAGGCCUGGCGCUCGGACCGCCUGAUGCUGAACAAGGAGGUGCUGUCACCGCAGAUGGCAGAGGGUUUCGUGCCUCUGCUGAGCGAGGUGGGCGAGGACUUCGUCCGGCGGGCACGAGCCCAGGUGGGGAGGAGCGGCCGUGAGCACUGGACAGCCGACUUCACCCACGAGCUCUUCCGCUUCGCCCUGGAGUCCGUGUGCCAUGUGCUGUACGGGGAGCGGCUGGGGCUGCUGCAGGACUUCGUGGACCUCGAGGCGCAGCGCUUCAUCGAUGCUGUGAGCCUGAUGUUCCACACCACCUCGCCCAUGCUCUACCUGCCACCCACCCUCCUCCGCCACCUCAACACCAAGACGUGGCGGGACCAUGUCCAGGCCUGGGAUGCCAUCUUCACCCAGGCUGACAUGUGCAUCCAGAAUGUCUACCGGGACCUACGGCUGCAGCGCAAGAGCACCAAGGAGCACAUGGGCAUCCUCUGCAACCUCAUCCUGCAGGACAAGCUGCCCUUGGAUGACAUCAAGGCCAGUGUCACUGAGAUGAUGGCGGGAGGGGUGGACACGACCUCCAUGACGCUGCAGUGGGCCAUGUUCGAGCUGGCACGGUCCCCGGGGGUCCAGGAGCAGCUGCGGGCAGAGGUCCUGGCCGCCAAGCGAGAGGCAGCGGGGGACAGGGUGAAGAUGCUAAAAACCAUCCGGUUGCUCAAAGCUGCCGUCAAGGAGACGCUCAGGCUGCACCCUGUGGCAGUGACCCUGCAGAGGUACACCACGCAAGAGGUCAUUCUCCAGGACUACCGUAUCCCCCCCAAGACGCUGGUGCAGGUUGGUCUCUAUGCCAUGGGCCGGGAUCCUGAGGUCUUCCCCAAGCCGGAGCAGUUCAGCCCGCAGCGCUGGCUGUCAGCAGGCUCCAAGCACUUCAAGGGGCUGGGAUUCGGUUUCGGACCCCGCCAGUGCCUGGGGCGCCGGAUCGCCGAGCUGGAGAUGCAGCUCUUCCUCAUGCACAUCCUGGAGAACUUCAAGAUUGAAACAAUGAGAGCAGUGGAAGUUGGGACCAA